AUGCAGGACCAAGUCGAUCAGCUGGUAGAGAAUCUGCUCGCAAAAGUGCCAGAACGGCUGCUGGUGGGUGUCUCUGGAAUCCCAGGCUCAGGCAAGUCGAGCCUCGCAGUCAAGCUUGUCGCCUCACUCAACGCGAGAUCACGGUGCACACAAUCGACCGACAUAGCCAUCUGUAUAGGCAUGGACGGAUGGCAUUAUUCGCGCUCGACGUUGUCCACCUUUCCGAACUCGCAGGAAGCAUUCGAUCGAAGAGGCGCAGAAUGGACAUUUGACUCGAAACGCUUUGCCGAUUUUGUGACGCUGGUCAAAACCGAAACAUCCGUCACCCACACAGCGCCAAGUUUCGAUCACGCCAGAAAGGAUCCGCUCGAAGACGAUAUUGCCGUGCUGCCAACACAUCGAGUGAUAGUGUUCGAAGGUCUGUAUUGCAACUGUGAUGUGGGAGAGUGGGCAAGGGCGGCAAGAGAGUUCGAUAACAGACUUGUGUUCCAGCUACCGACACAGGAAGCAAGACGAAGGUUGGUGGCAAGACACGUGAGGACGGGGGUAGCCAGGGACGAACAAGAGGCCAUCUGGAGAGCCGACAACAACGACCUGCCAAACGGCGACUGGCUCAUGUCGCAUCUUCUCGAGCCGUAUACGAUAGUUACAAGCAUGGACGAUCCUUCCUGGCGCUGA